CGGAAGUUAUCAUUUUGUAAGAUAAACUGAGGAAGUCAAAAUGUUUUUGUGUUUACAAACAUAAUUGUACAGUAGUAAAUAUUUACUUUGUGCCGAGCAAUGGAUGCGGAUGAAAAUGGUACGGACUCCCAGAUGAUUGCCCAUUCGUCAAACAGGCCAAGGCCCCCUCCGCCAUCAAAGAAACCCAAGCCUUCAUUGCCAUUGAAACCAUCUCUUCCAGCUAAACCAGCGUUGGAGCUGAAAAAUGGAGACGACAGUCCCUCAUGCACAACAGAGCACUCCGCUGCAGAUCCGACCCCGAGCAGCAGUGUUGACACUGCCCCUGUCCCAACCCCAUCUUAUUCUGGCUCCACCCCACCGGACACCAGUCAGUCCACACCUCAAGGCACCCCUGACCCUUCCACUCUGGAUUCAAGGGCAACUCUCACACGUCCCAAGGGGCCACCACCACCUCUACCAAAAACAGCAUCAUCAGCCUUGCCGAAAACUCCACCAAAACCUCUACCAAAAACCCCAACCAGACCUCCGCCAAAACCUACGAUAUUUAAGCAACAUCCUCCUGAUAAUCGCUCACCAGUAAGCUUGACUGAGUCUGAAUCAGUUGUAAGGAGAACCCCACCUUCUUUACCAAUGACCCCUCCCAGGGCCUCAGUGAGAAAGACUGUAACUACACAGGGCAGUGCUGAAUCAGAUAACUCACUGAAUGUUAACAAUAGUGCAGAUACAGAAAAUGAGAGAAAUGAACAUGAAAACAAUUCUUCAGUGGGCAGGGAAACAUAUCAAAGUGACAAUGAUCGAAAUACUAAUGCAGGUUCUUCUGUGAAUUGUAUGAUGUCAAAGCUGGCAAAUUCUCAAGAAAACUUAUCUCAAUCAUCUGGUCCCAAAGUUCCAAUGAAACCUAAGCCAAGAUCUAUGCUUAAUAAAUCAAGGGAAACAUCUAAAAAAGAAAACAGCUCAAAUGACAUAUCUGUAAGUUCUGGAAAAUCAACAUUCUUUGCUAAACCAGAUGAAAAGAUAAAAGUUGCUGAAACUAGUAUGGAGAAGAUAAGCAAGUCGGAGAAUGCCAUUAAAAUAGUUCAUAGUUUAGAAAAUCCCUCAAACCAUUCAGUAAAGUACAAAAAAAUGGCAUCUCCGGCCCACUCUCCUCUCUCGCAACGAAAACCACCUCCUAAGCCACCAGCUAAGCCUGCUAAAUCUGCAGAGCAUACGGAUGAGCCAGGAGAUAACUCUUGGAUUAGACAUAGGACUGAUAAUGAAAGUGAUGUGCAUUCCAGUAACGAACAGUUGAAUAAGAAAACUGAAACUGAAUCAAGUGUUGAAGAAAUUAAGCAUACUAUUAUUGAAAGUGGGGAUUCAAGUUCUGUACAAUGUGAUACAAAAACUGGAAUAAAAGAGACUUGCAUCAAAACAAAAGUCUCCCCUACCCCACUAAGAAAGCCCCACCCACCAAAACCAGUUGCAAGGCCACGACCUACACCUAGAAAAUCUCUUAAUAGGCAAUCUUUGGAUGAAGAGAGACUAGGUGCUCAAACUGGGGAUAACCUUACUAGUUCUAAAACUGGUGCUGUCUGUGAUAAUGUGUUCAAGGAAAAGAUGACUGAAAAUGGUGUGAAAAAUGAUGGUGAUGUGAAAGAUGUUACUGAAGUAAGGAAAGAUGUUCCUGAAAGUGACACUGUAGGAAGGGAAAGUCCAGUCAAAUUAGAUGAUGAUCAGUACAGAAAGAUAGAGAAAAGAGUAAACAGAUCACCAAAGUCUCAUAUAACUGAACUUGAGGGUGAAAACCAUAGCCCAGUGAUUCUGAGAAAGAAAAUCAGUAGGGAUACUGGCUUUGAUAUUCAGGAUGUACCUUCGGUGGAAGAACUUAAGAGCCUCUUUUAUGAUAGUGACGAAGAGACGCAAGCUCCAGGUGGUGGCGAAAACCAGUGUUUGUCAAAGGAUUUUCAAUUUGGUGAUAAAUUUUUGAAAUUUGCUAGUGAUGAUUCUCCAAAUAAAACAAAAACUAGCCCUACCAUAGCUCAACAACAUAGUUCAAGUGAUAAAGACAGUUUCGAAGAUAUUUUAGGUGAUAAGGAAUUACUUGAACCAUCUUCACUUUUGAAUGAAAUUGAAGAUAUUUUGACUCGCAGCUACAAACAUUCUUCCUUAACAAGGUCUGGAUCAUCACCAGAGAAAAAGUCCUCUCCGUUCCUUAUAGCUGGUGAGAGAUUUAGAUCGGAGAGGUCAAACUCUGUGGAUGUAGGAGAAGACUCCCCUAUCAGGCCCCCAAGGCCAAAAAAGGAGGGGAAAAGGCUGAGAUCGCUCAAUCAAAUGGCAUAUGAUUCUUGUGGCAGUGAUACAGAAUCCCUGCCUGAUAUGUCAAGACCAAGAAGAGAUUCUGAAUCUUCAAAUAUCUCCAUGACCUUAGGUAAGGCCAGGCCACACCCACCAAAACCAAAAAGACACAAACUGCUAAGAGUUCAAAGAAGCCAAUCAGAUAUUACUGCUAUGAAAUCAGUGGUUGAAAAGUCCCCACAGACUAGACGUCAACAGUCAAAUGAGUCAAAUGAUCUCUGUGCAACAAAUACCCCACCAGGUAAAUCAAUAGAACCAAACAGGCCGGCUUCUUGGCGAAAGAACCGCCCAUCGCGGAAAGCACCACCUCCACCCCCAGGCCUGCCUUUCAAGGUCACACCACCCUCCCCAACCAUGAAUCUGGACACUGUGGUACCUGUGGAUGAACGGGUUAAGUCUAUGCACUUGUCAAGACACUCAAAGCAUGAGGACACACACAAAAGAUUAGUUGACUCUACUGGGUCAUUCUACCAUUCAAUACCAGAUGAGGAGGGUGACUCCUCAGAAGGAGAGCAUCAUGAUUAUCAGGACAUUCCUGAUCAGAAAGAUAUUGAUACUCACUUACAACCUUCCAUUGCUAAUGCUGCAAUGUCCAGACCUGCACCAAAGACAAGGAAACAAACAUCUCCUCCCAAGCUUCCACCAAGAAACUUGAACAACUCCCACUCAUUUGAUACUUCCAGCUUGUCAUCUGCUGGGCAUGACUUUGACAGUGCAAUCACUGGUGGUGCUAGCUCGAAUGAAGACAUGUCAAUCUCCAGUAGCUGUUUUGAUGGUGAUAUCAAGUCUCCAGCUAAUAAGAAACACCAGCUUCUCAAAGUUUACCCAAAAACUUCCAGUCCUUUUGGCAAAGAGAAGUACCAGACAGGAAGUGAUGAGAAUGUGUUGAGUUCUGGACUGGGUCCCAGCAUGUCUAGCCUGUCUGACUGUGGAGAUGAGAGGAAUCUGAGACCAAUCAGCGACUGCAGUAUCCAGUCUGAUAUCCUAUCUGGUAGUCAUGGUACCACGGAAUCCUCGUCCUCUUCAGACUCAGAACUCGAUGAAGAUGAAAGGGCUAUGCGUAAAAAAGAGAAGAAGUUGUUUAUGAUUGCCAAGGAGAUUGCUUCUUCAGAGCGAGUGUUUGUCGAUGUAUUGCGUCUGCUCAAUGUGGAUUUCCGUAAGCACAUUUCCAAGGCAACGGAGGACCAGGGUCGCCCAGUGAUCCCUAGCGACACACUCAAUCGUAUACUGGACUACCUGCCGCAGCUACAGAACUUUAAUGAGGAACUUCUGGCUGACCUUGAAGACAGGAUAGAACACUGGGAGGAAAAGCACUGUAUAGCUGAUAUCUUCAAGAAGAAAGGCCCGUUCCUGAAGCUCUUCUCCUCCUAUAUCCUUAACUUUGAGAACUUAACCGCCACACUCGACGAUGCCCUCAAGAAAUACCCUGCAUUUCAAGCUGCAGUGAAAGAAUUUGAGAUGGGUCCACGUUGCGCCAGCCUCGCCCUGAAGCACUACAUGUUAAAGCCCAUACAGCGAAUACCCCAAUACAAGCUCUUCCUGCAGGACUACAUGAAGCAUCUUCCUGCCGACAGUCCCGAGAUCAAGGAUAUGACCACUGCCCUGGCCAUCGUCAGUGAUGUGGCCUUCCAUGCUAACGAGAAUAUGAGGCAUGAGGACUAUGUACAGAAGAUGUUGGAGAUACAGAAGUCUCUGGUGGGUCAUUUUGAGAUCAUCAAGCCAGGCCGGUUGUUCCUGAAGGAGGGAGAGCUAAUGAAGCUAUCUAGAAAGGACCUUCAGCCCAGAUACUUCUUCCUGUUCAGUGAUGUACUGCUGUACACGACAGAGGCCCCGACAGGCUACAGACUCAACAACACACUCUCCUUAACCGGCAUGAAGGUGUCCGUAGCAGCACGUGAUGAAUACAAGAUGGAAUUCAGCAUUAUCUCCACACAACGCUCGUUCACCCUCCAGGCAUCUAGUCUCGAGGAACGCGACGACUGGGUCUCUGCAAUCAACUCCGCCAUUGAGGAGAACACGCUGAAGAGAGACACCUUCGUCACUAUGCGUUCACAGGGCAGUACCAGUUCUGAGGCCGAUGAAGAGGUACUGGAUGUUGGGGCCUCAGCUCUGAUAGACAAGGACUUUGUCCUGGGUCAUAAGGCACCACUGUGGAUCCCCGACGCACGCGUUACCAUGUGUAUGAUCUGCACGGUUGAGUUUACCGUCACCUUCAGACGGCACCACUGCCGCGCAUGUGGUUGGGUUGUGUGUGCUGGAUGUUCUGAGAACAAGAUAGCCCUGCGUUAUCUCAAGUACAAGAUGGCCCGAGUCUGUGACAGGUGCUCCAAAGCUCUCAGUUCAGAGAAAGAAAAGCCCUCGGACGUAGAGGAGAAAGAGAAAAGCGGGGAAGAGGAGGAGGGGAAAGCGUUGAGUAAAAGCCGAAAUGGGCUCUUUUCACGACUACAGCGGGUACGCCUCAGUGGGCGGAUUGAGAAGCGUCCAGGGGUCAGGCCUGAGAGGCUCAAGGAGGUGUCAGCGAAUGAUGAGGGUGCGUGUAUGAGUGGGUAUCUACAGAAGUGGCACAAGGGUCGCAAAUGGAAGAAGCAGUGGUACCUGAUCAAGGACAAGGUCCUGUUCACCUUCAAGGCCACUCAGGACACAGCGGCUGCAGACAGUAUGGUAUUACUGGGGUAUGAAGUCACCCGGUUUAAUGAGUUCUUUGAAGGUGUUGAGGCUGGUCUUCUGCUCCAGUUGAGCCACAAGGGGACGACCCCUCUGGUGUUCCGUACAGACAGUCACACCGCCACUGAAAAGUGGGUGAAUGUGAUGAGGGAGGCUGCAGUACCAUGACAACACCAGCCACGCCCGGAGACCAGUGGGAUCAGGAGAGUUCACAUCACAGCACAUCAGUAGGGAGAACUUCACUUCACUGGCAGUAUCUACAUGAUAUUGGCUGCAAAAACUGUCAUAAUUUACUGAAUUGACAAUCUAAAGCAUCAGAAUUUGGUAAAGCAACCGUGACGACUUGAAAGGCUAAGAUGGCGUGAGCAGAAUCAAUAUAAUGGCUUUAGGUGGUGCAUGCUUAUACAGGCACUAUUGUUUUCAAGAAUCAUACUAGAAUAGAACAAAUGAAUAGAUGUUUUUAACUAGUUGUCAUAUUGAAUGUCUAUGAAGCUUGUUGUCACUUGUAGAAGUUUGGUAUUGUCAAAAUCCAAUUCAUUUAUGAUGAAUGAUGCCUGGAAUGUCGCAUAACGUCUUUACUGCUCCCAUAAGUCCAGCAAGUCUGGCUCACAUCAAAUGUGAAUACCAGAGAUCACUCGUAUGGAAAAGAGUAAGUUUGUGAAUCAUGGCCGGAAUCAAAGGAUUUAAAACUUGCUUGUUCUGCAUGAUGAAUUAAAUUGCAAAAAGUUUACAUUUAUUAAAUUGUUAUAUAUUAUGAUUUAUUUUUUACUUAACAUAUCGUUUAAUACUCAAAACAAAAAUGAAUCAGAUGUUUUGAAAAUCAAAAUGCUUUAAUAUUACUCAGUAAGCCAUUAGAAAGGUAUAUAUGUGUUUAGUAAGGUAAUGCAGUAGUCAAUUGAUACCACGGCCCCCCCAGGUCAGGGGGUGUACCGGGGUGAAUGCAGUGGUUUUGUCUUCGGCAAAAUAUAGCAGGGAACGGCCUUACAUGGGGUGCGGGGGUAAUUGGCAGGGAUUUUACCAUCAGUUCGUACCCGCAGGGCGAGGAUUUUACCCGGGGUUGGCUGGACCGAAAGUCAAAGUCCCCGCAUUUCCCCUGACCUGGGGGAGCCGUGGUUACAAUUGACUGGUGCAUAAAAAUGUGCUUUUUCUUAAGUUUCAAGAAUUAAACAGUUUGUCCAGGGUAUAUAUAUUUCCAAAGGUUUUUCACAUUCCUGUAUAUCUGUCAUUAUUGUGUGUUUCUCUAUGGCAUGUUGUUGCCCAUUUGUGUUGGCACUGAAUCUCAGUUUUCAUCCUAACUAUUACAUACAAUACUGGAUACUGCUAAUAUUUGCGCUAUAAAUAGUUUUCCUCUGAAGAUCAUUGUUCCUUAGAUCACCAUCCUGUUUGUUGUUCGCUGAAACCUUUGUCAGUGUUAUCGUAAGAUGAACAACAACUGUAUGAUUGUAUUGUGGUACUACUUUUUUAGGACAUAUUAUAUAAAAUAAAUAUAUAUGGUUACGGAGAUAGCAUGCAUGUUCUUUAAGAAAUAUUAAAUGUUGUUUUUCAUUAUAGAAAACAUGCGCUUUCAUUGGUGCUUUUUUAACUAUAAAUUGUUUUGAUAGCUUCUUAUUGACAUUUUAUUUUAUCUUAUUAAACAACCUGAUAGCUUUGCUUCGUCUGCAUAGUGGUACUUAGUCUACACACAUUUUUGAUCUGAUUUUUGGUUGUGGUUUAUAUCAAUAUGCAUUCUGUGUCACAUUAUGAGGAGAAAACUGAAAUAACAACUUGAUUUAUGUAGUUGAUUUAUAUAUCUUCAUGUUUUACUUCAUGAAGAUCUAUUGUAUUUUAAUGUUCUACCAACAAAUGAAGGAUUUAACAGUUUUUUAUUCCGUAUAAUAUAUUAUGUAAUCAUGCCAUGUAAUGGUUAUUUGUAUAGACUCCUUUUUUCAUUUAAUACAUGUGCACAUUUGAUAUGGGAUAACUUCCUUGUAUGCCAAUCAUUGUUUUAUUACCAGUUAUAAAGUACAUGUACUUGUAGAUAACGCACACUUUGUAGAGGUUCAUUCGGAACACGUCGGCCAUUUUCCAAGGAAAUCAACAUCGCAUGUAUAUAGACAAUUUACAAUGUCAGAAUUCUUUACAUUUAACUACGCUGCAAGUAGAAUUAGUGAUUUUAAUAUAACGUUUAAACCGAAGGACUUUACUCUUUGGAAUCUUAUUUAUUAUGCCCCCUUUUGAAAAAAGUGGGGUAUAUUGUUUUGCACAUGUCGGUCGGUCGGUCGGUCGGUCUGUCUGUCUGUCGGUCGGUCGGUCGGAAUACCAAAUGGUUUCCGAUCAAUAACUUGAGAACGCUUUGACCGAGGGACCUCAUACUUGGUAUGUGUAUUGGUCAUCACCAGCAGAUGAACCCUAUUGAUUUUGAGGUCAGUGGGUCAAAGGUCAAGGUCAGUGUGACCUUUACAUGAAAAACGGUUUCCGAUCAAUAACUUGAGAACGCUUUGACCCAGGAACCUCAUACUUGGUAGGUGUAUUGGUCAUGACCAGCAGAUGAACCCUAUUGAUUUUGAGGUCAGUGGGUCAAAGGUCAAGGUCAGUGUGACCUUAACAUGAAAAACGGUUUCCGAUCAAUAACUUGAGAACGCUUUGACCCAGGGACCAGUGUGACCUUUACAUGAAAAACGGUUUCCGAUCAAUAACUUGAGAACGCUUUGACCCAGGAACCUCAUACUUGGUAGGUGUAUUGGUCAUGACCAGCAGAUGAACCCUAUUGAUUUUGAGGUCAAAGGUCAAGGUCAGUGUGACCUUAACAUGAAAAACGGUUUCCGAUCAAUAACUUGAGAACGCUUUGACCCAGGGACCUCAUACUAGGUAGGCUUAUUGGUCAUGACCAGCAGAUGAACCCUAUUGAUUUUGAGGUCAGUGGGUCAAAGGUCAAGGUCAGUGUGACUGUAAGCUGAAAAAAGGUUUUCUGAUUGUCCAUAUUUUAUUUUCUUAUAUAGUAGACAGUAGAAAUUUAUAUGUCACUAAAUGCAUGAGUUGAAGUAUCAGUUUUCAGUGAACAUCUAGUUUAAUUAUGCCCCCCUUCGAAGCAGAGGGGUUAUAUAAUUGCUUUGCACAUGUCGGUCGGUCUGUUGGAAGACCAAAGCUUGUCCGAGUGAUAACUCAACAAUUCCCGGACCUAUGGUCAUCAAACUUGACAUGAAGAUUAGGUAUGACCAGUAGAUGACCUGCCUCAUAUGCAUCCAAUGACAAAUCAGCUGUCAUUUCAGUCCAUGCAUAUUUCAUUCAAUUGUCCAAAUAUUUCUGGCAACUUGGCGCUCAGGGGGCAUAAUGUUUGACAAACAUCUCUUGUUUAUGCAAUAAUACACUAAGCUGGCCAUCAAUUUGAACUUAGUAAUAGAAAUUACACGGUAAAUCAUUAAAAUGAUUUAUAUUGUUAUCCAUAUUUUACGAACUACUUCUACUAAUGUACCGGCAUUCAUCCGAGGUUGUUUUCGAUGGGAAAUGGCCGAGGAGUUCCGAAUGUGUAGAGGAAAUGUAGAGUGCAAUAUUUUGUGUAGAGUUAACCCUACUUGUACAUACUUUAAAUACUAUUAUACCAUAACGUGUUAUUUGUUAUACAUGUAUACAUUACCAUUGUUGAAGAAAAGAUACAUUUUGGAGCUUCCAUUUACAAAAUAAAUAAAAUCAAUAAACAAAA